AUGAGCACAGGAAGUAGUAGAUUGUCUGAUUAUGAGAUGAGCACAGGAAGUAGAUUGUCUAAUUAUGAGAUGAGCACAGGAAGUAGAUUGUCUAAUUAUGAGAUGAGCACAGGAAGUAGAUUGUCUAAUUAUGAGAUGAGCACAGGAAGUAGAUUGUCUGAUUAUAAGAUGAGCACAGAAAGUAGAUUGUAUGAUUCUGAAAUGAGCACAGGAAGUAGAUUGUCUAAUUAUGAGAUGAGCACAGGAAGUAGAUUGUCUUAUUAUAAGACGAGCACAGGAAGUAGAUUGUAUGAUUAUGAGAUGAGCACAGGAAGUAGAUUGUCUGAUUCUAAAGGGCCUCCUUUUUCUAAAGGGAUGGUAGAAUACACAAAUGUAGGUUUAAGCGAUUGUCCGUCCUUGUCCCAACGAUUGAGUAUCCUAUUGUACUACCCAAGAGUUUAA